GUAUGAAGAUCUACUACAGAUUGGACUUGAAGCGUCCGGUGGUCGUCGGCUGGAUUGGUAACACUUGAAAAAUCGCCAAUUUAACAAAAAUGGAGCGAAGUAUCACAGAAAAUGAUCAAAGCAGUAUGACAUUGCAAGAAUUGAUUGAAAAAUUACACGUCAUUUUCGCAGAUGAUCAGGUUAACGCAGAUGAAGUUCACAGUGUUAUGGAGUCGUACUCUUCUCAACGAAAUGAGUGGCGAAAAUUUGCAUCUUUCGACCCGUACAGAUAUACCAGAAAUUUGGUUGACGAAGGAAAUGGAAAAUUCAACCUGAUUGUGCUGUGUUGGGGUGAAGGCCAGGGAAGUGGAAUCCACGACCAUUCCGACGCUCACUGCUUCAUGAAGGUCCUUGAUGGCGAGCUGCAAGAGACACUUUACGGUUGGCCGCAAGAUGGAAUUGAAAACGAGAAGAUGGAUCCACUCAGAAAAAAUAUUUACAGGCGAAAUCAAGUUGCAUACAUAAAUGAUUCUCUCGGCCUACAUCGAGUAGAAAACCCAAGCCAUACCAAUCAAGCUGUCAGCCUCCACCUUUACUCGCCUCCCUUCAAAGCAUGUCACUCAUUCGAUGAGAGGACUGGGAAGAAACGCUCGUGUCAAGUCACGUUUUGGAGUCAAUAUGGUGUCAGAACACCCUAUGGAAAUUCCUGUGGAUCGUAUGUCUCUUGUGGCGAACAAAACUAAGAAGACAUUCGUACACAAAGUAGAUUACAAUCGAGAAUGGUUUUUUUGAUGUGUAUUAUACAGUUUGAGCCAUGGGACAGUCAGUAUAUUGGAGAACCUUUGUUAUAGCAUAGGUCACAUUGAUCUCCUCAUGCAGAUGUUUGUGGAAUUGAAUUGAAUUCUGUAGUUGUACAGAGCGAGUCUUCUGUAAGGUUCUGGAAAGUUCUUUCCCAAUUUGUUAUUGUCUUCGUAGCAGAAGAAUGUAAAUGAAUUUUUCAUGGCCUAAAUUCAGUGUUUAGAUUGUAACGCAAUUAAAAUGCACGGUAUUAGCCAUGGUAUUUUUGAAAUACCAUGAAAAUACAAUGAGCCACUUUCAAGUCGCUUUAAAUCCCGCGAGUUACAUUUACAGUUACAGUAACUACCGCGUAAAUGCAUAUUUAUGGCCUAAAUCCAACGUUGAAAAACUAAUGAAAUAAGAGUUCACGGUGGUAACUAUUGUAUGCUUCAAGUUAACACGAGAUACCAUGAAAUACUACGAGUUACUUUAAAGUAACUUCAACUACCAUGAAUCUACGUAAGAUACGCUAAAACAGUCUUAUAAUUAUCUAUAUUACUGAAACAUUGAAAUAUUAUCAAUUUUUCUUAAAAAUACCAUGUAAAACAACGGAAAACCUUUGAAUACCACGAAAUACCUUAAGAUGUAUUGAAAAACCCUCAAAUUACCCCCGAAAUACCAUGGUAUACCAUAGCAUACCCAGAAAUACCAUAACAUUACUCGAAAUAUUAUUGUUUGAACAUUUUCUAAGGCCAAACGGAUAAACAACAGUGAAGGAUGUAAAUUGGUUUUAGAAAAUAGCUUUGGCAACCGUGCCGAAAUUUGGUUGUCUUAUAAUGCGUUUUUGCCGGGCUUUUGUAAAAGGAGAAUUCUAUACAGGGUUUCUAUAGAAGAACCUCAAAUGCCUAUAUGACAUGAAAUUAUAUCAGAGCAUUUUUCAAAUCAAUGAAUGUCAUAUUUUCAGCAUUUUAAGCAAAAUUUGAAGGCGCAGGGUUGUUAAAAACAGACUCACUGUCAGAAAGCCGCCUUGUUUACAUGUGCAAGCAACGAAUAUAAUUCUAGAUGGCAACAGCAUAGGACCUUGGAAGCACCCUUGAGGAUGUCCCCCAAGUUUUUGAUGAAUUGCUACCCUUUUUAUGAAAAGCGCUCUUGUUUUCCUGAAAAGUUCCCCUUUGCGUGUCUCUAUAUUUCGAAAAGAUGCCCCAUUCAUCGUGCCCUCAAUUUUUCAUUACUUUCCUUUCCCUCACUUGCUUUAUCUGUUGUGUCAGCAAAUAAGAAAGACAGCCUUGAAUCACAUCGAAUUUUUGCUACCUGACCUUUCCUUAAGAAUUCUAAGCUAAGCUUUGCAAUUAGAAACUCUUAAAUCACUCGACUUACAUAACUAAAGUAUUUCAUGUAGAAGGCUAGAAAUUCACGUUUCAUACCCCCGGAAUAUGAUAAAAAGUAUUUGUAGAUUAUUGCUUCGUAGUUAUUUAACCGGGUGUCAAUUAUUUAGCUAUAGCUUGUGUUAUUUCUAUAUUCAAAUAGUUAGUGUUUUUUGUGUUUUUAGCUUAGGAAAGUAGGAUUAUAUUUGAUGGCUGCUAUGCAGUAGAAACCCGUAUAAAAAACCUAGGUUUUUUUCUGGCAGCCUGAAUAGGUUCCUAAUUAACAGGUUGCUAUUCUAAAUUCCAGUCUAAAAGGUUCUUAACAAGGUUCUUAUAUAUGUACAAGCCUUGCACACAUUGACAAUGUUUUCCACCGCAAGAAUUCUAACGGACACAUUUAUACAAACUUUGUUUUUCAUGAUAAAUUUCAACCAAUCAAAUGAAUUUGUGUUGUUGGGUUGUCCAAUUAGAAUGCAACAUUCCAUAACCUGAUUUACUCUGAGCUGGUUCAAUUUGCCAGUCUGAAUAGGGUCUAAAAAUACCAAAAUACUUUUUUUUAUAUAAGAACCUUUCCAAAUUUUAGCCUCUUUGGGGUUCUUAGUUAUAGGGUUUAACAGAUUAAACUUCAGCCUCAAGGUUCUUAUAAAAAACAGGCUUAUUAUACGGGUUUUUAAUGUAUUUCACUUCCUAGUACAGUAGCAAGUCGCUAUGACAACAAGCCUCUUUUUAAGUUGGAAACGAGGUUGUUAUUGUAAUUGAUUAAUUUUUCUAUAAUUUCGUCACAAGUUGUGAUCCAGUUAAUUUUUCCGUACACAGCAUUCUGCGAUAUUAAUGUGGCCUAAGAAUAAAUGUGCAAAUUUAUGUAGCAUUUCGCCCAAUUUUCGCCAAUGACGGGCAUUUCCUAAUGAAUAAUUUUUGUAUCAAAAUUUCCUUUUGCUUUAGUCUUGAGUUUUAAGUCUACGCGAUGUACCGUUCGCAAUUGCCACCUUUAAUCGAAGCACCGCCGAAUUUUCUGGCUUUCGCCUAAAGUUCUUGUUUUCAAUUUUAUUCUCGAAUUAUCAUGAAAAAUCAUUGAGGUAUUCCCCAUUUGCUUGCUCCCAACAGUUCAAAUUUUAUUCUCAAAUUUUAUCCAAAAUGUCAUUAUUUAUUUCCAGAUUUGUUCGCCCCAAACUCUCCAAAUACUUACAAUUUUAUUGCUCUCAAAAUUUCAUUUUUCCCGCAAAUUAUCUGAUAUAUCAAUUUAUUGAUUUAUUUUUAGUUCUUUUGCUCCUGAAGUUUAGAAUUUGACGUAAAAUCUUUUUACAUCUACUUAAAAAAGAUGUCGUUAUUAUCUUAUGUUAGAGUGUUUAAUUGUAUUAAAAAUGAAUGAUACUACACUGUUGUCUA